AUGAGUGAUUACAUCACCACCAUUGGAGUUGCACAACAGGAUUGCAACCUCCCUGUGGAUAAUGAUGUCCACAACAGGAGAAAAAUAUUGGGCCUCCAGGAAUGCUUCAACCGGUCCCGGGAAUAUCAGCUCAAUGACUCCGCUCAGUACUACCUAGAUAGUUUAGAUCGAAUUGGAAAUGCGGACUAUCAGCCGACGGAGCAAGACAUUCUUCGAACCAGGGUGAAAACCACAGGCAUCGUAGAAACCCAUUUCACAUUCAAAAACCUCCACUUCAGGCUCUUUGAUGUUGGUGGUCAGAGGUCAGAACGCAAGAAAUGGAUCCAUUGUUUCGAGGACGUCACAGCGAUCAUCUUCUGUGUCGCGCUGAGUGGGUAUGACCAGGUGCUCCACGAAGACGAGACCACGAAUCGCAUGCAUGAAUCACUGAAGCUCUUUGAUAGCAUCUGUAACAACAAGUGGUUCACGGAGACCUCCAUCAUCCUGUUCCUCAACAAGAAGGACAUCUUUGAGGAGAAGAUCAAGAAAUCCCCAUUGACCAUCUGCUUCCCAGAAUACACAGGACCCGGUUCUUUCACUGAAGCUGUGACUUACAUCCAGUCGCAAUACGAGAGCAAGAAUAAGUCGUCCAACAAAGAGAUCUACACACACAUUACCUGUGCCACUGACACCAACAACAUCCAGUUUGUCUUCGAUGCUGUAACUGAUGUCAUCAUAGCCAACAAUUUGCGUGGAUGUGGACUCUAUUAAACUUUCUUUCUUUCUUUCUUUCUUUCUUUCUUUCUUUCUUUCUUUCUUUCUUUCUUUCUUUCUUUCUUUCUUUCUUUCUUUCUUUCUUUCUUUCUUUCUUGGAAGCAAACCCGUGGUCAAUAUUCACUUGUCCGCUCUACCACCUCCCAGGUUUAGGCCAAUCCCACCCAACAUGUUUCAGGGGGAUCACACAACUUCCAUGUCCAUGUGAGUCGGCAUUCACUGGACUCUUUUUUUUCAAAGUAACUAUUGGGACAUGUCGCCUUGUCAUUUGACUGAAACAGAAGGGAAGAAAUGUCCUUUCCCAGACUUCACUAAUUUUCCUCAGAAAAUCCUACUCCCUUUUCUAUGCUCUUCCCCCCCCCCCAAAUUGAAAGCUGUGAGGUGAAUUUCUCUACCAUACCCAUGUUGGAAUGGUAGCCAGUAUUGAAACUAACACUGGAGAGGGUAAAUAGAGUCUAAAUCACUGGUUCCCAACUUUGGGUCCCCAGAUGUUCUUGGACUACAACUCCCAGAAAUCCUGA